CGAGGACUUUGCAACUUGCCCGGGAAGGUGGAGGGGCGAGAGGGGGAGGGGGACCUCCGCACGAGACCGAGCGGCCCGGGUUGGAGCGCCCAGCCCCGCAGCGGAUCAUGGUGCAGCAGGCGGAGAGCUUGGAAGCGGAGAGCAACCUGCCCCGGGAGGCGCUGGACACGGAGGAGGGCGAAUUCAUGGCUUGCAGCCCGGUGGCCCUGGACGAAAGCGACCCGGACUGGUGCAAGACGGCGUCGGGCCACAUCAAGCGGCCGAUGAACGCGUUCAUGGUGUGGUCCAAGAUCGAGCGCAGGAAGAUCAUGGAGCAGUCCCCGGACAUGCACAACGCCGAGAUCUCCAAGAGGCUGGGCAAGCGCUGGAAAAUGCUCAAGGACAGCGAGAAGAUCCCGUUCAUCCGGGAGGCGGAGCGGCUGCGGCUCAAGCACAUGGCCGACUACCCCGACUACAAGUACCGGCCCCGGAAAAAGCCCAAGAUGGACCCCUCGGCCAAGCCCAGCGCCAGCCAGAGCCCCGAGAAGAGCGCGGCGGGCGGCGGCGGCGGCGGCGCGGGCGGCGCCAAGACCUCCAAGGGCUCGAGCAAGAAGUGCGGCAAGCUCAAGGCCCCCGCGGCGCCCGCGGCCGGCGGCGCCAAGGCGGGCGCGGGCAAGGCGGCGCAGCCCGGGGACCUGGGCGGCGCGGGCGACGACUACGCGCUCGGCGGCCUGCGCGUGAGCGGCGCGGGCGGCGGCGCGGGCAAGACGGUCAAGUGCGUGUUCCUGGACGAAGACGACGACGACGACGACGACGAUGACGAGCUGCAGCUGCGGAUCAAGCAGGAGGCGGACGAGGACGACGAGGAGCCGCCGCAUCAGCAGCUCCUGCAGCCGCCGGGGCAGCAGCCGCCGCAGCUGCUGAGACGCUACAACGUCGCCAAAGUGCCCGCCAGCCCCACGCUGAGCAGCGCGGCCGAGUCCCCCGAGGGCGCGAGCCUCUACGACGAGGUGCGGGCCGGCGCAGCCGCGGGCGCGGGGGGCGGCAGCCGCCUCUACUACAGCUUCAAGAACAUCACCAGGCAGCAUCCGCCGCCGCUGGCGCAGCCCGCGCUGUCGCCCGCGUCCUCGCGCUCGGUGUCCACCUCGUCGUCGUCCAGCAGCAGCGGCAGCGGCGGCGAGGACGCCGACGACCUGAUGUUCGACCUGAGCUUGAAUUUCUCGCAGAGCGCGCCCGGCGCCGGCGAGCAGCAGCUGGGGGGCGGCGCGGCGGCCGGGAACCUGUCCCUGUCCCUGGUGGAUAAGGAUUUGGAUUCGUUCAGCGAGGGCAGCCUGGGCUCCCACUUCGAGUUCCCCGACUACUGCACGCCCGAGCUGAGCGAGAUGAUCGCGGGGGACUGGCUGGAGGCGAACUUCUCCGACCUGGUGUUCACGUAUUGAGGGGCGCGCGCCGCCCGCCCCUACUCUCGGCGGGCGCAGAGCGGGGUUCCUUGGGAGGAAGUCGUGGCGGUCCUGAUGGUGGUGGUGGUGGCGGGGUGGAGGGGAGAGAAGAAGAUGCUCAUGUUCGUGUGAUGUCGUGACACAAAGAAAUUGGGAAAAGAUGAUGAAAAUUUUGGUGGAGUUAAAGUGAAAUGAGUAGUUUUUAAACAUUUUUCCUGUCCUUUUUUUGCCCUCCCCCCAUCUUCCUUUAUCGUGUCUCAAGGUAGUUGCAUACCUAGUCUGGAGUUGUGAUUUUUUACCCCCAAAAUGUGUUUUUGUAAUUACUCUUUCUUUUUCCUGAAAUUCGUGAUUGCAACAAAGGCGGAGGGACGGGGCGGGGGAGGGGCAGGAGGACCCGCUCCGGAAGGCGCUGUGGAAGCCUGUCGGUCUUUGAAGUCUGGAAGACGUCUGCAGAGGACCCUUUUGGCAGCACAACUGUUAACGCUAGGGAGUUGGAGAUUUUUUUUUUUUAAAUCUUAAGAGAUCUUAAAGAACUUUUUUUUUU